CCUUUUAAUUGGUUUAAAGCCAGUCCCUAGUCAAUUAGCUAGGUACUCCGUAGUUAGUUAGGGGUAUAGAUUAUACUCCGUUUGUUCUAUUUUUGAAAAAGAACACCUGCAGUAAUGGACAUCUCUCAGUCUCGCAGACUCCAAGCAUUUGACACACUCCCCCCGGAAAUCCUCUUACAGAUCCUUGGAUAUCUCAAUCGUCCCUGGAAGGAAGACGAUGGGCCCGUCACUGGCCGGAUGGACGUCAAGAGCCUGCGUCUGGUCUCUCGCUCGUUCGCCGCAGUGAGCGCCUCGAUCUUGUUCCAAGACCUCUACAUCUCGCGCUGUUUCGAACGGCUGGAGAUCGUGCAACGUGUCGCCCGGGAUCCCGACUGCGCCCACGGGGUCAAACGCCUCGUCUGCCAUGGAGGGCGAUAUGGGCCUCGAUGUCUGGAGUGGGCAGAUUGGCGAAGCGAGGAGUUCUAUAACCUCCACAUAUCUCGGUGCGAUCAGUGUAUGCCCUGUUGGCAGGUUCACACCGAAACAAAUGAUAUCCCUCCCAGUAUGAGGGACCAAGACGCCCAGAAACACCUGGGGCAGUGCGCAGAAGAGCAUCUGGGGGCACACCUUAAGCUCUACCAGAAGCUGUACAAGGACUGGUUGGACAUCGUCAAGAAGGCUCUCGACUACCAGUGUCUGGUGGAAUCGUUGCCGGCCUUCCCAUCAUUGCACACCGUCAUAUACCGGCCGUCCAUGCCCGACCGCUACCCCAAAUCCCCAGAGGAUCCCCCGCCCUGCCGAAUCCCGGAGAUUCCUCUGUCAGCUCCCCGGUUCUGGCGAGGGAAGGAGCGCUUUCAAGAUGCAGUCCAUCUCCUAAGGGCAGUGGGGGGCGCGGCUAACAAAGUCACAGCCCUUGAUGUCGUCGUGAAUGCUGACUUCCUCGACCAUCUCCGAAGGCUGCCUGCAGAGGAACUUGCACAAAUUGUCUCCCUCUUCAGUCGGUUGCAUGAGUUGCAUCUAUGCAUUGUCACGGAGGAACUGAUUUUCAGUCGCCCCUUGCCAUCAGGUGUUCUAGACAAGCUGCUCGGUGCAGCUAAGCAGCUUCAAGUUCUCGAUCUCUCUUUCUCCGCCGAAACCAAACAGGACUUGGUGACUGUCGCCCCACGGGGUUACUUCAGUGAUAUGCCGCUGAGCGGAUGUCUCGGUCCAGCGGCGUCCAUGACGACACCCGAUCCGUUUCCUCAUCUGAAGUCGCUCUUGCUCGCGGGCCUCUCCAUCACUGGUGAAGAGCUCAUCGCGUUUCUAUUGGCGCAUCGGAAGUUGCAAGUCCUGCAUUUUGAUUCUCUUAUCCUCAAUGGCGGCCAGUGGGCCAUGGUAGGAGCCGCAGCUGCUCUCCACCUUCCCUGGACCGAGUUGAAGUGCAAUCGCUUGAUACAAACUGAUUCCGUACAUCAGAUCAGUGUCCCAGAAGAAUGGCGCAAGUCACCCGAAUGGCAUGAGGGCUUCGAUUACGGGAUCUUUUUCAAAUUGGACGAGUCUGGCUCAAUGUCAAGGAGCCGCUAGUACCGCAAGCCUGUUGACUUAGCAUAGGAAUCACUAUAUUCUCUCUUAUAACUUCCCAAGUAGUUUGAGUGGACGCCUCGUCCUGCCCAAAAAGAAAUCAGAGCAGCACGCGAUCACUGGCCACCUUGGUCACUCUCCUGUCGUUGACCACGACGACAGAAAUUGCUGGAGAGAUCGUCGUUGAAUGUCUGCUUCCA